GUGUUGAUAAGUCAUUGUGAUGUGAAUGAGAACAUCAAAGACUGCUUAUGACAAUUAACUCUAAAUUAACUAAUGUCGGCAUAAGCAAUUUGUAACGAAGUUAUUAUUUUAAAUAUUUAAGUUUGUGAUUCUUUUAAGUAAUAAGUUUUACGUUCCGUUUUUCUCUUUGUGCUGUAACUCGUAAAAUGAGAAAAAAAAGUGAAUGUUAACCACAAGGCUUAGUGUAAAAACUGUGAGCUAUGUUCGUUUUAAUAAUUAAUAAGCGUGAGGAUGUAUUAAUUAACUUUGUUGGUGUUUGAGAGGUAUACGAGGGUUUUAUAAAGUUGCGAUUACAAUAUCCUACUUUUUUAAGUUUUUUUUUAGGUUCGAAUAGUCAAGUGAUUUGUAUUUGUCGACAUUUUACCCUUCGCAUACUCACCAUUAUUGUUUCUAAACAAUGAAAUCAAAUCUGAACGGACUGGGUAACUUUUCUUCCUUCUUUCCGGUGACGAAUCUUUCUUUUAACGGCUGUAAUUAUUCGUAAAAAAGACGAAAAUUUUAUCGAUAUUAUAAGCGGAUCGUCAAUUCUUCGCGAUGUCGAUCACCGAUAUUUUACUUGGGCCAGUAAGAUUUCACUGUUUUAAUAGGUCGAAGGGUUUCUGAUCGGCCCUAGUAUAAUGUGAACACAGAUGUAUUACCUAAGUUGUAGCCAGUUACAACGAAUUCCGAUAAAAACGAAAGCGAUGGAAACGGAAAAUAACAGAUAUAUUGUACAAGUAUUUGUUGGAGCACUUUCCCAGCAUUAUGAAGCGCUCUCAGUCGAAGCGAGUAAGCAGACGACCGCUGAAGAGAUUGUUAGCUGCAUCGCCGAAAGGCUGUCUCUCACGACUGGAGGUGGUUUCGAAUUGGCUGAAGUCGUCGGUGACACAUUGGAGCGGGAGUGCAAGGAGAGGAGACUUGGCUCUGCGGAAUGUCCAGUCGCCCUCAUGCUUCUUUGGCCGAAGGCGAAUCCCCAAGAAGAAUAUUAUAGGUUUUAUUUGAGAGAGAAACUGAACGAAACCUUAUGGGCUGAUGGUUUUACAAUGGACCCCCAAUUAAUUAAAGAUUAUUUUUGCCGAUUUUUGUAUCAGCCGGCCGAUAGAGAAUAUCCAGAUUUAUGCCAACUGCCUGAUUUAAAUGAACAGACGCUACUCGACAAUCUCAGAGCAAGAUUUAAAGCUGAGCAUAUCUACACUUAUGUUGGUUCCAUUCUUAUCGCAGUUAACCCAUUUAAGUUUUAUCCGAUAUACAACCCAAAAUAUGUUAAACUCUACCAGAACCGGAGAAUGGGACCAGAACUUCCUCCGCAUAUUUUUGCGGUGGCCGAUUCAGCUUAUCACUGUAUGCUGAGGAACAAAAGGAAUCAGUGUAUUGUUAUAAGCGGUGAAAGUGGAAGUGGCAAAACAGAAAGCACCAAUUUCCUUCUUCAUCAUUUAACCGCUCUUAGUCAAAAAGGCAGUCACGGUAGUGGCGUUGAACAGACUAUUUUGAGCGCUGGCCCUGUAUUAGAGGCUUUCGGAAAUGCAAAAACUGCUCAUAACAACAAUUCAAGUAGAUUUGGCAAAUUCAUUCAAGUUAACUACAGAGAGAAUGGCAUGGUUCAUGGAGCUGUUGUGCAAAAAUAUCUCCUAGAAAAAUCACGAAUCUGUUCACAAGGUAGAAAUGAAAGAAAUUAUCAUGUAUUUUACUAUCUUCUUGCUGGUGCAAGUGAUACAGAUAAGCAACAACUUCAUCUUCGUUCUGUAGACUACUAUAAUUAUUUGAACAGAAGUGGCUGUUAUGUUUUGGAUAAUGUUGACGAAGCCCAUGAAUUUUCAAGGCUGAAGCAAUCAAUGGAAAUGGUCGGCUUUACUCCGGAAAAGCAGAGGCGAUUAUUUGCAGUUCUCUCAGCUGUUCUUUUGUUGGGUAAUGUAGAAUUUCAAUUAAGAAAAGCAGCUUACCACCAUGAUGAAGCUGUAGCAGUAAAAAAUCCUGAAAUAGUUUUGCUAAUAUCCGAAUUGCUUCGAGUCAAACAAGAAACAUUAUUAGCUGCUCUCACAGCAAAAAGGGCCCGAGCUUCUGGUGAAACCCUUGUUAUUAAUUACAAGUUGCAUGAGGCAAUUGCUGCUAGAGAUGCCAUGGCGAAAUGUCUUUACGGUGCUCUUUUUGACUGGAUUGUGCUUCAGGUCAAUCAUGCUCUUCUUUCAAAAAAAGACACACUGAGAGAACACCAAGGAAAUUCAAUUGGAGUUUUGGACAUAUUUGGAUUUGAGGAUUUUGGAGUGUGUAAUAGUUUUGAACAAUUUUGCAUAAAUUACGCGAAUGAACAUCUUCAGUAUUAUUUCAAUCAGCAUGUGUUCAAAUACGAACAAGAAGAAUAUCGAAAAGAAGGAAUAAAAUGGAGGGAUAUUGGAUUUUCCGAUAAUUCAGCUUGUCUAUCUCUUAUCGAAGGAAAGCCCAAUGGAUUGUUGUGUGUUUUGGAUGACCAAUGCAACUUUCCGGGAGCUUCAAAUGAAACCCUUUUACAAAAAUUUAAUUCUGUGCAUAAGGAAAAUCCAUUCUAUGAAAUGCCUCAGAAAAAAGAAGGAGCGUUUAUUGUGAAACAUUACGCUGGGAAAGUUAAAUAUCAGGUUGUUGAAAUGAGAGAGAAGAAUUUGGACUUGAUGAGGCAAGAAAUAGUUGGCGUUCUGAAAAACUCCAAUAUGGCAUUUGUAAGGGAACUUGUCGGAGCUGAUCCAGUCGCAGUUUUCAGAUGGGCAAUUGUGAGGGCAUUUUUCCGUGGUUAUUUUGCUUUCCACGAAGCAGGAAGAAAGCAUCGACUUUCAAGAGAAGGGAGCAAACCAAGUUCAUUCCAUACAAGAUAUCGAAAUCACACCCCCAAUGACACUAUUUUGAGAUUCAAUCCACGAUAUGGUAACAUGAAGAAUUUCAUCCCAAAACAACAGUUGCAAAAUGAAAAGGAGGAACAACCUUAUAAUCAAUUGAUACUUUUCAACAACGAUGGCCCAGCUAAAAAUUUACAACGAAAUAAAAACAACGACGUUAAGGAGAAUAUCUGUGAUAAACCGAUAUUACAUAAAGUUCUAUGCCCUGAUGAAGCUAGGGUUUUUGAAAGAGCAACCCAAAUCUUGGCGAAAAAUAAGUCUUUCAGACCUAGGGAAAGAGGCAAAAAGGGUUUAAAAAACCUCCAAAGUGUCAAAACUUUAGCAGGAAGAACACAAUCAUUAGGACAAAUGGGGAAAGCUAGAAAGCAACCGAUGACUGUAACCGCUCAAUUUCAACAGUCUCUUUUGAGCUUAAUGGACACUUUGAAUCAAGCAAACCCCUUCUUUAUUCGGUGUAUUAAAAGUAACAGUAACAAGGUACCAAAUUCGUUUGAUGAAGAUACAGUUCAAAGGCAACUUAGGUAUACAGGGAUGUUGGAGACAGUCAGAAUUCGGCAAGCAGGGUAUAACGUUCGUCUAACGUAUGAUGAAUUUAUUCAACUUUAUAGAAUACUUUUACCAAAGGGACUUCUUAGUUCCCAAGCUGACGUCAGAAAUUUUCUUUUAACUCUGAACCUUAACCGGGAUAAUUAUCAAGUUGGAAGUAGUAAAAUAUUCAUGAGAGAGUGUGAAAAGGUGAAAUUAGAUUAUAGACUCCAUCAGCAAAUUAUGGCAAGUAUCGUGAGGAUCCAACAAUGGUUUAGGGCAAUCCUGGAAAGAUCAAGAUUUUUGAGGCUUAAAUCAGCAGUCAUAACAAUCCAAGCAUUUUGGAGAAUGGUAAUGGUCCAACAACACAAGAGGCAGCUGCAAUUGGCAGCAGUACACAUUCAAAGGGCAUGGCGUUCUUAUUCUCAGUCUUCUUGGUUGAGGAAACUUAAAAGGGGCAUUGUCAUAUUUCAAGCUCAUGCUAAAGGUUAUUUAAUACGAUCUAACAUCGAAAAUAUGAAAGUAACACGAAUUAGAAAGGAGGCUGAAAUUAGAUCAGCUGAAGAAUCAUCAAAGAAAUCCGCUAAAGUUCCUGUUGAAUUAUCAGUUGUCGAGGCUAGUGAUAAAAAAGAUCAAGCUAGUUUGUAUAAACACCUGGAAUGCUCUCAAGUCAAAUUGCAGCAAGUCGAACUUUCUCCAAAAGAACCAGAGCACAGAACUAUUUGCAUCGGAGAUCCAAAUAAGGAAAUUUUGGGAAUAGAUUUAAAGAAAAGAACAUCGAGUAGAAAGCCAGUAUUAUCUGAAAUUAAAAAUUAUUCCGAGGAGCCUGUUCGAGAAGUUGGAGUUGGAAAGAAAAAUGAUAGCUCAAUUCAUAGUGAUGGAGAAAUGGAUGUGGAUCCUUGGAAAGAAAGUUUGCCAUCUAAAGCCAAUAUUCCUCCUCCUCCAAGAUUGCCAAGGCGAAGGGACCUAGUUUGCCGUAGCAUCGGUGAUGAACAGCCUAAACCUUUACCUGAAAAGCCAUCUAAACUACCACUUGGAAAUCUCGAUUUGAAACGCAGAAACAGUGAUCCAGCAGCACAAUCUGAAGCAACUGGUGAGGUUAAACACACUCCUCCUCAGCAUUCGCCUUCAGCAGAUCUAUUAGAAUGGAAAGGAACAACGAUGUUUACCAUAGCAGGUCAUAGUUUUAGGAAAAUAAAUCGCUUUACCAAAGAUGACAGGUGUUCAUCAUGUAAUCACCCUAUGGAUGCAUUUUUUACUCAAGGACACAAGUGUUCUGAGUGCAAACAACUAUUUCACACCAAGUGCAUACAAAAUGGAGGUGUACUCAGGCUUCCUUGUCAUUCGUAUUCGAGCAGUGCAAGGAAAGGAAAACAAUCACGUAAAUCAUCGAGAGUACAACAGUCUGAAAAACAUCAGGUCGCCUCCAACAGUUCAUCCCAAGCCAAAUUCAGCCUGCAAGGAACAUCAGAGUUCACUGACAGCACGGACAAAAUUAUUUCUGGUAUAAAGGAACUACAACAAAUGCAAAAUUUCAUUACAAAAAAGAUCUAUAAAAUAGAAUCAACAGAGGGAGAAAGACCUUCCAAAGCUGAUAUGGUGUUUAAACAAGCUUUAAAAGAAUUCAAGGACAACCUUAUAGCAACAUAUAGCAUAGUCAAUAAGCAAGGACCAGUAGCAUUGAAUAUAAAAUAUAAAGACUUGAUUGCUAACUUUUCACAUGUAAUGGAUACUGUAAGGCAACAGGAGGACAUGAGAGCAGAGGAUUUCCCUGUGACCAUGGGGGUCAACGCUUUCAGAGGAUUUAUGAAUGAAUUUAUGGCGAAAACAAGAAUGGAGCAAGAGAAACCAAGGAAGUUGAAAAGGAAAAAAGAAAAAAAGCGAAAGACAGAAGAUCCCAUCAACCACGCUGGGCACAAUUUUGUGCUAACAAUUAUUAACAUCCCGACUGCUUGUGAAAUUUGCAAUUCUUUUUUCAUGUGGCCUUUAGAAAGAGGCUUGGUAUGCCAGAAUUGCAAACUCACUUGUCAUAAAAAGUGUUACAUAAAAGUCAUAGUGAUGUGUAGUAAAGAAGUGACUGUACCUAAACAGUGCCCUCAUCCAGUCUUCGGAGUUCCUCUUUAUCAAUUGACAACCGGAGAAGAAAAAAUACCAGUCGUUGUCGAUCGACUUAUCACAACCAUUGAAAUGUAUGGUCUUUAUACAGAAGGCAUUUAUAGAAAAUCAGGAGUAAGCUCAAAAGUGAAAGAAUUGAAAACUAUAAUGGAAGAGAGGGAAAUUGAAAAAAUCCAGUUUGAACAAUACCAGGUUCAUGUUUUGGCAAGUGUUUUGAAGAGCUUUUUGAGAGAAAUGCCAGAACCUCUACUUACUUUUGACUGUUACGAAGAUUUUUUAAGAGCUGCAAAUCUAACUGAGGACAGAGUGUCAACAAUGUUCACCAUUUUGAAAAAGCUGCCAUCUCUCAAUUUUGAUUUGAUGGAAAGAUUGAUAUUUCACUUAGCAAGAGUGGCACUUCAUGAAGAUGUCAAUAGAAUGAGUUCAAACGCUUUGGCAAUAGUUUUUGCCCCUUGUAUUCUCAGGACUAACAAAGUAGUACCAGCGCAAGAUUCGCUACAUGAUAUAAGUAGACAAACAGCUUGCAUUGAGGUCAUAAUAUCUGAACAGUUGCGUAAAGUUCGUUCAACACUGGCUGAUAUUGAUACAUUGGACACUGCAUGCCAUACGGCGACAUACCGUUUGUCAUCUAUUCGUAGUUCAAAGAUAUUUACACCUGAGGAGUUAGUUAUUUCAAAGCCUGAUGAUGAAGAAGCCUUAUUAAUGGGCAAGAUUGAAGAAAUCCAAAAAGAAAAGGCGUUGUUAACAUCAACACUACCAUCCUUGACACGGUCACCUAGUGAUGAUGAUCUCCUGUCGACAGAUGAUGGCAGCUUAGAUGACGUUGACACAUCUAUUCCGCAACCUCUCUCGAGGCACCGUGUGGUCCACAAACAUAAAAAAAGAGGUUCUGAAAGUUCAUCUACAUUUUACACUGCUGACGGAGAUGAAGAUCAAAUCAUGGUGUAAAUAUUCAAAAUAUUUUUUAAAACAAAUUCCAUUUUUACUGUUUGUUAUGUAAGGAGAGAGUGAAUGCAGAUGCCUAGCUACAUUAAUGAAAUGUUCUUCCGAAGAGUCUCUAGGUUUAUUAAUUUUAAAACAAAUAUUUUUGUAUAUAAAUAAUAAGUUUAUGAAAACCUGACUGAACAAAUCUUAAUUGUUAUUCUGAGUCAGAAACGAGUUGCAUUUUAAAUGAAGAAUGAAAAAUCAAAUUUUACUUAGAUAAUUAAUAUUUUUAGUUAAAUUGAUAAUCGAAUCUCUGAGUGGAGGUCCUCACCCGCAAAGAAAAAAAAAAAAAAAAAAAAAAAAAACAUCAAGUAUUUAAAUUUGCAUUUACUACCAUUUACUUCUUUUUUAUUUUAUAAAAUGUGAUAUCUUUUAAUGCGGUUCUAGUCUUCUUGACCUGUAAAUGUAAGUAGUUAUUGACUGCUGUAUUACAAGUAGUUAUUUAAAGAAUAUAACCGCGUUACCAGUG